GCAAUGCUGCGGGUAAUUCCCCUGCAGUUAACUCCUCAUAUAAGUGUACAUUAUUUCCUUUAAAAACCCAAAGGUAAAAGUGGCUGGGAGAAAGGAUUUCUACUUCUGUAAGUUUUGGAUGAUGUAUUUCUGGAUUGCCCUUGUGAGAGGGCCAUGAUGUCAUAAGGCCCCUGCAGCCACGGCAACCUGGUUCUUAGAAUCCUUCCAGGCCACAACUGACCACAGUUGAGCCUCUGACUGGGCACUGUACUGCAGUGUGGCCAGACCAGGGUCCUUUCUCUCCCCACUACCCGGUCUACGUCUUGUUUUCUCUGUGAAUUAAGGUACUGGAGAUGGAGAAAGGGUUCCUGGGUCUCUCUUCCCGCGUCUACUGUGGUUCUAAGAGUCGGGGAGCGCUUUAGCCGAGCUCUUCCAUGUCCCCAGGUGUCUCUAACGUGGGCUUUCUCCUUCUGUUUGUUUAGACCUGAGGCUGGCCAUGCUUCAGGUGCCUAGAGAUGGUGACGAAGGAGGCAGGGCCACCUCCGGGAGCGCAGGGAAAGAAGAGCAGCAUCACACUUCACCUCAGAAGCUGCUUCUGGAUUGUAGCCUCUGCAGGAAGGUGUUCAGCCGCGCCAGCUCUCUUAGCAAGCACUACCUGACGCACAGCCAGGAACGGAAACACGUUUGCGGAAUCUGCAGCAAGGCCUUUAAGCGCAAGGACCACCUGACUAGGCACAUGCUCACCCACCAGAAGACCAAGCCCUUUGCGUGCAGGGAGCAGGGCUGCAGCAAGAGCUACUGUGAUGACCGCUCCCUGCGCCGGCACUACGAGGUCCGGCACGGCUUGUGCAUCUUGAAGGAGGCUCCCCCCGAGGAAGAAGCCUGUGGGGACUCCUCUCCUGCCCACGAGGUGGCCGGCCAGCCUGCUGCGGAUGGCCUGCGGUCCCUGGUGCCUCCAGAAGCCAGGUCCCCAGGCCCCCUUUUGCCCAACCGAGAGCCCCUGCGCUCUAUUGUAAGCAGCAUGGUCCACCAGGAGAUCUCUUCUUCCGGCCCGGUCCUGGCCGGGCCCUCAGAUGACGGGGAAGGGAAAAACACAGCCUGUCCCUCCCCACCCUCACUGGGGCCCUACCCCUGCACCCCAGCGGCCCCAGGGACCCUGGGCAGUGAUGUUCCUGAGGAGUGUCACCCCCUGUGGAAGGAGCCCGCCGCUGGGUUCACAGCCAUUCACUCCAGGGUAGCAGAGGAUGGUGGUCCACACCCAGCUGAGUCGGAGCGGCCGCCCCAGCUACCGCCCACCCUGGAGAGCGGGCAGGAGCGUGGGACCCUGCCGGCCGGCCUGCCUCUGUUCCAAGGCCAGGCAGCGCCUGCCAGUGCUGAGCCUUCAAACCACAACUUCCAGUGGCUCCAGAACCUGCCAGGCUGCCCCGAGAGCGAAGGGAAUGAUGCGUUUGCCAUCCAGAAGCCCACUUCCGUGUCCCCUCAGGAGGGCUCCGAGUCUGGGCCCAGGCCCAGCAGCACCUCCCUGAUGGGGGAGCCCUCGCCCAGCGGUGGCCCCAGUCUGGAGGAUGCACCGCCCCUCCCCCCCACAGACCUGAAGGCACCUGGGGAGGCCUCCGAUGGCGCUGGAUAUGCCGGCGAGGAAGGGGACACCAGGGCUUCCAAGAAGAGCAAUUCUGACAGCGACUCCUGCUCACGGCCCUGA